AUGCUGUGGCGGAAGAAGCUACGCUCGCCCUCACCUCCACGCUUGACCAGCUCGAUACCUGAGAUGGAGCACCACCUGGCCACAAUGGAUUCGCCUAUCCCUGAUACCCUAGUCGAGAAUAUCGACGCCUCUGCUACCACAUCUGAAGAACUCCGCGCUGCCUCGAAGACCGCCCAGGAUCGUUCCGAGAAGCAUGCUGCCGACCCGACCCGGGAGGCCCUCAACAACCAAAUCGAGGAAAACGAUUCAGAGCCGUCCGUGACGCCUUCCAAGGACGCUGAAUCCUCAAUGACGAAGAAAAUCGGCUCGAUCCGCACCAAGGCCCAACGCUCGCAACCACAGUUCUUAACUCUUGUCGCUUGCGUGUCAUACCUGCUCUUCCAGCUCCUCGGUGUAGACCUGGGACUGCGCCUUGUCAACGGCUACACUGGGCCUCGGCUCCAUCGAGCUGAAGUCCAGCUACAAGCUGCAGUGAGCGACUUGGUCAGCGAACAGAUUCUGCACAACAGGCUUGACAACCUCCUGAGUACCACGCUGGAUCGAUGCUACAUGGAGAGCUACGAACACUGCCUUGCUCGUGGCCUGUACAAGGCAGACAAUAUGUUUCUUGGCGUCGACUUCACCCAAUUUUCAGAUGUUCGAAACCAGACCAUGGACUGGGCAACCGACAACUGCGAUAGGCUGCUGUACACGCCCCAGCUGUACGCUCCGAAUACCUCCAGGCUCUGGACAACGGCGAAUAAUAUCCGACGGGCUGCUGAGAAGGCUUUGAGGCUGUUUCAAUACAAGGCCACGCUGCUACGUUGCAAGUUGCACGGUAUGAACCCUCGACUUGCUGCAAAGCCCAUCGUUGUGGAAGCAAACAACAACAUAGCAAAGCGUUCUGAAGUACCUGCCGAGAUGCCUUUCGGUUUCGGGUUGGAUUGCGAAGGACGUGCCCACUGUCGUUUGAUCUACUCAGGGCUGUCCGCCUCAGCUACUGACCGGAAGACAAUAGAUGAGGCUGUCGUUAAAGCGAGCAAGGAGGUAUUCAAGUGGUCGUAUCCAUUUGAAAGGAUCUUUCGCGUCAACGGCUACAUGAUCAGCCUCCUGUCUCUCUUGCAACCUUUACUCGGAAAUUUCUUCCUGCUCGCAGUACUCCUCUCCCGACCUCGACCCCAGUCAAAGGCCAAGUUGCCCCUGUCCGCAAGGCUUGCACGUGCUUGGAUGCGCAUCUGCAAUAACAUUGCUUACCUGCAACAUGAUGAGAAGCUCGCCCUUGGGCUCAUCAUCAACACGGCUCUGUAUGCGCUAUUGCACUACCAACUCGAGUAUAUUAUCUCGGAGUUCGAUCAAAUUCUGCUCCCGGUCGGUCUAGGGUUCUGCGUUUUCCACGCUAUCCAAGCUCUUGCGUUCCUCGACCCUGAAGUAGCGACAAAAGAGACUUUGCGCAGCUUCUGCCGUGCCACGAAGGAGCUGUACCUCAUGAUCCAGGAUAUUGAAUCCUUCCCAGAACCGACUUCCAAGACCCAAGUCCCCUCCGCUCAUAGCGAAGCAAUCAUAGCUUCCGUUGCCAAGCCGGCCUCCAAGAUCGGCGCCCGCUUCAUUUCACCACUGACGCCCAUCUCUGAGGACCUCCAGCAGGAGCGCAAGGUCAUGCAUGCAGAGCAAGGCAAUCAGCCUGGCGAUGAUGUCGAACCGCGGUACAGAUACGCUACCGAGACCGACUCCGAGUAUGAGUCUGAUGUACAGCAUGCUACCUAUGUCGAUCUUGUUGGAGGUGCGACGCCCACGGUUUCUGAGGAUGGGGAGGAAUGGACUGUGGUGGAGGAUUGA